AGCUAUGAACAACAUAGAAGACAUUUUCCAAGUCAUCUGUAUUGGCUUGGCUGUUGCUACUUUCCUUCUCAACACUGGACGUAGUCUCAAAGCCAUUGCGGUCUGCAAAGAAUGUUUGAAUUUCCUACUUAAUGAAGUGUCGGGAAAGGAAGAACAAAUUUUCAAUUUCCUUAACAUUGCUAUAUACAAAGCACUGUUCAAGGCGCACUUUCUUGUCAACGAUUGUAUGAAUGCAACAAAAUGCGGUUGGAUACUUCUUGACAUUUACCGCGAGUGUAGCGAAACUGCCAAAGUAGGGAUUCUUAUAUUAAUGCUGGCUAACAUUUGUGAGCAGCAAUUUAUAUACAAAGAAGCAAGACAACUUUACAAGAAAGGUAUAAAUAUCUUGAGAGUAACAGGCGACAAAAAAGGAGAGGCCUAUGCUUAUGGGAAGUGUGGAGCCAUGUCUCAUCAUUUCGCUGAACAUGAUAAAGCUAAAGAAUAUCUUGAGAAAGCCCUUGCCAUCAAAUUAGAAAUUGGUGACAGACAAGGCGAAGCAGGUUGUUGUGGAAUCUUGGGGUCUCUGUCGAAAUCUCUAGGUAAGUAUGUCAAAGCUAAAGAAUAUUUUAAGAACGUACUUGCCAUCAAAAUAGAAAUUGGUGACAGAAGAGAAGAGGCAAAAGGUUAUGGAAACUUAGGAACUGUGUCGAUAUCUAUCGGUGAAUAUGGCAAAGCUAAAGAAUAUCUUGAGAAAGCACUUGCAAUCAUAAUAGAAAUUGGUGACAGCGCAGGAGAAGCAGUCUGUUACGCAAACCUCGGAACUCUGUUUCAAUCGCUUGGUGAAUAUGAGAAAGCUAAAGAAUAUCUUGAGAAAGCACUUGCAAUCAAACUAGAAAUUGGAGACAGAGCAGGAGAAGCAGUGUGUUACGCAAACCUCGGAACUCUGUUUCAAUCUCUUGGUGAAUAUGAGAAAGCUAAAGAAAAUCUUGAGAAGGCACUCGCGAUCAGAAUUAAAAUUUGUGACAGAAGAGGAGAAGCAGCAGAUUACGGAAACUUAGGAACCAUAUUUCAAUCUCUUGGUGAUUAUAUUAUGACAGAGCCAAAGAAUACAUUGAGAAAGCACUUGCGAUCAGGAUAGAAAUUGGUGACAGAGCCGGGGAAUCAGUGGAUGAGUCGAACUUAGGAAUGGUGUUUCAAUCUCUCGGUGAAUGGGACAAGACUGAAGAUUAUCUUGAGAAGGGACUUUCAAUAAUUCAAGAUAUUGGAGACCUUGACAAAGAGACUAAAUCUCUUUGUUACCUUCCAGUGGUGAAGUUAUUGCAAGGGAAGUUCAAGGACGGGUUUGACUGUCUAGUCUUGAGUAUGGACAAAAGCGAAAGUUUGCGUGGUUUUCUAAUAGACAACGAUCAGUUUAAGAUAUCGUUUUAAGACGUUCACAAUUUUCCCUACCGGAGUCUUAGCUUCAUGUUUUGUUUAUUUGGGAAUCACAACAAUGCUCUUUAUGUUCUAGAGCUGGCACGAGCUAGAGCCUUGGCAGACUUGAUGAAGACUCAGCACUCUGUUGAACUGCAUAUCUCAGCUAACCCGAAGACAUGGUUUGGCAUUGAGAAUAUUAUGAAGAAUGAAAGUGACUGUGCUUGCCUGUACAUUUCGUAUGUUGAUCAUUUUGUGUUUUUGUGGAUUCUCCAAACGAGCGGCGUCAUUCAUUUUCGAACAAUAAGAGUAGACGAGAUCAUUAUUGGUGCAGGAUCAGUUGGCAGUUUAGAUGAAUUCUUUGCGACAGGCUUUCGAAGUUUUGGUAUUUUACCCGGAGAGAAUUACGAAGAUCGAUCUUUAAAUGCCUCUGAACCAGAACUAAGGUCACGCGAGGAAGAAGGUUUCGCUGCGGCGGCUUUGCGACCUGAAGAAAAUUGUGUUGAAAGGAGUGUAAAUUCCGAAUCAAGCCUUUCUUUGUGUCACAGAAUGCUCAUCGGUCCUGUAGCUGACUUGCUUAGGGAGCGCGAAAUUAUCAUUGUUCCUGAUGGCUUCUUGAACCGCGUUCCGUUUGCGGCAUUAACUGACGAAGAUGGAAAGUAUUUAUCCGAGACUUUCAGGAUUCGCAUCGUUCCUUCUUUGACGACUCUCAAGCUCCUGCAGGACAGUCCUGCAGACUACCACAACCAGACUGGUGCACUGAUAGUGGGGGAUGCAGAUGUUGGUAGAGUACGUUACAAGGGAAGCAAAACGACGUUUUCCAGGUUACCCCGUGCAGGAAAUAAGGCAGCCAUGAUUGGGCGAUUGCUGGGUGUUCAGCCUUUGAUAGGACAAUACGCAACAAAGCAGGUGGUACUUGAAGAGUUACAUUCUGUGGCUCCGGUACACUUCGCUGCACAUGGUAAUGCCGAAAGAGGAGAAAUUGCCCUUUCUCCCGUACGUUCUACUAAUAGGAUUCCAAAAGAAGAAGAUUACCUUUUGACGAUACCCGACGUUGCAAACGUUCAACUGCGAGUUAAACUGGUGGUAAUUAGCUGCUGUCAUAGUGCACGUGGGCAGAUCAGAGCCGAGGGAGUUAUAGGAAUCGCUCGAGCGUUCUUAGGAUCUGGUGCACGAUUAGUACUGGUGGCGCUUUGGGCAAUAAGCGAUAUUGCAACAGAGCAGCUGAUGUGUCGUUUUUACGAGCAUCUUGUUCGUGGGGAGAGUGCCAGUGAAUCUCUUCACCAGACCAUGAAAUGGAUGAGAAGUAACGGCUUUAUCAAGGUUUCCAAUUGGGCACCAUUUAUGCUGAUUGGAGAUGACGUAACAUUUGAGUUUGGAAAACAAGAAAAAUAAAAAGACACUGAUUGGUUAUGUUCUUGCAUCACAACAACCUUGUCAUUGAGGUAUAGACAUCAGAGAUGAUGUCCACACAGAUUUGCUGAACUGCCGUUCACGUUCCUAGUAUUUAUCUACCCGUGGCGUGUUGUAGGAGUGGAAACAAGAUAUAAUCAAAAGGACAAGUUACGUUUUGUAAGAAAUAAAUCCACACCAAGACUGAUUGAAGGAAAGUAGUAGAACAAGUGAUUGGUCAGUAGGUGAGCGAGUAGUCAAUAGCAGAGAUUGAUGUCUAAUUUCCUUAAUUACACAAGACCAAUACAUUAUUAACGGCAUACAGGUGAUAAGAGAAUUAGAAAUCAUCAAGUAGGAAAUAUUGUCUUGAUGGAACACAAAAUUCCCAGAACCAUCAUUUAAAAGUAUAUGUUAUUAAGUAAAGUGAAUUAAAAUUUUGAGAUUGUUUUGAGCUGAGUGCAUGGAAAGAAGCUAGAGGAACCCUUUUUUUCCUUGAGAGUUAUUUUCUGUAAGCUUGCCUCUGAGGAUUUAUUCCACAAUCGACAAUAAGCGACUAAUGAUUGAUUGCCGGGCGCGGUUGUUUAAAGAACGGCGGAGGUCCCAUACACUUGGGCAAAAGC